UACUUCAUUGCCGACUUGACCGUAACAGUGGAAACACAUACUUACGGGCAUCCGAACUUUUCACCGCGAGCAAUAAAAACUAUAAACUACUUACACGGCGGUCAAAAUAAAAUCCACCAAGACGGCGAACGAAAUUUUUAUACUUACGCGUAUAAAACGCGGCAUUUGACGUCGCGACUAGCUUUCAGUUUUUGCUGAAUUAGCUAGAUUCAAUUUUGGAGAUAUAUUUUUUUCAACACGUUGAGUGUCUUGAUUUCCUUGGACGUGAAAGGGGAGAAAACUGAAAAUGUCGAAAAAACAACUUCACAACCAAGCGGCUAUACCUUUAGCCCCGGCUGUAUUUAAGAAACCACAAAUGCGGCCGAUGAUUGCCGAAUAUGAUCCUAAGAGGAAAGGAGUUAAAAAUGAUCUGUCAGAUGUCGUUAUGGUCAAAUACAAAGUUGAUCCAAAUGAGAUACCAGUGGAACAACAGGCGGGGUCCACCCUUCCUCUUAUGGAGAUACCGGGGAGAGAUAUUGAGGUGGAUGAGGACUAUAAUCCAUUUGAACACAGGAAACUGGCUCACCCUACGUCAGACUUUGACACGUUGAUUCACUUGCUGAAGGGAUCGCUUGGCAGCGGCAUCUUAGCUAUGCCUAUGGCGGUCAUGAACGCGGGCCUCUACUUCGGCUUGGUAGCCACGUUUCUUAUCGGUGGGAUUUGCACCUACUGCGUGCAUGUUCUUGUGAAAACUGCCCACGAACUAUGCAGGAGGAUGCAGAAACCUUCCUUGGGUUUCGCUGAAACUGCUGAGGCUGCUUUCUUGACCGGACCACCAGCUGCACAUAAAUUUUCGAGACUUGCUAAAGCCAUGAUAAACUGGUUCCUCGUGAUAGAUCUAUUGGGCUGUUGCUGCGUGUACAUCGUGUUUGUUGCCAAGAACGUGAAGCAAGUAGUCGACCAUCACGCUGAGAGCAGCGAUUGGCUCCCCCACGACUUGGAUCUGAGAUUCUACAUGGUAGCUCUCCUUCCUCUGCUCAUCGCGAUGAAUCUCAUAAGGAAUCUGAAAUAUUUGGCACCUUUCUCCAUGAUUGCCAAUCUGCUUGUUGCAACUGGAAUGGCGAUAACCUUCUACUAUCUAUUUCAAGAUAUUCCAAGCGUGAGUGAACGCAACAAGUUUUCUGAAUUGGGACGCCUUCCAACCUUCUUUGGUACCGCUAUAUUCGCACUUGAAGGCAUUGGUGUGGUUAUGCCUUUGGAAAACAACAUGAAGACACCAACUCACUUCAUUGGAUGCCCCGGAGUGCUCAACAUUGGCAUGUUUUUCGUUGUUUCGCUGUAUGCUCUGGUUGGAUUCUUUGGAUAUUUAAAAUUCGGCGACGAAACUAAAGGCAGUAUCACUCUAAAUUUGCCCCAAGAUGAAGUUCUGGGACAAUGCGUCAAGUUAAUGAUCGCUGUCGCAAUCUUCUUUACCUACUGUCUUCAGUUCUACGUGCCCAUGGAGAUUAUCUGGAAGAACGUACGUCACUUUUUCGGCGCCAAGAAGAACCUUGCGGAAUACAGCAUCAGGAUCGCCAUAAUCAUCUUGACCGUAUGCAUUGCCGUGGCAAUUCCAGACCUGGGACCUUUCAUAUCACUGGUCGGUGCCGUCUGCCUUUCGUUUCUCGGCCUCAUAUUCCCCGCAGUCAUCGAAACAGUGACCUUCUGGGAUCGCCCCAAUGGCCUCGGGCGCUUCAACUGGGUACUCUGGAAGAACAUGUUCCUGAUCUGCUUUGGAAUUCUCGGCUUCCUAACGGGUUCCUACGUCAGUAUUUUAGGCAUUAUCAGGGGUGAAGAAUAAUAGACUAACGCAAAAGACUAUAAUACGAGUAGCAUUAAGGCUCAAAUUGGAUUUAAGGGCUAAUUUUUUAUAGAUAAUUUUGCUAUUAGGUCCAUUAUUAUCAUUUUAUACUAUUUUAUUAUUAUAAUAAUAUAAAGAUUCCUAAAUAUUGUGAGUUUUAUAUGAUUAAUGUUCGAUGUUAUUUUUCGAGAUUAGUGUUAUGUAGGUACAUGCCAGCUGUGGUAGGUAGCGCCAAACGGGUUGUGUUUUGAACCCUCUGUGGAAAACAAUGGGAUUUAUGUAUUUACGCGUUCUCUUUGCUUGUGACGUCGUAGCUUCCAAACUGUUGGCCGGUUUUAAACAUUGGUACAUAAUAUGCAUAUACCCUUUUUAAACACUGGGUGUACGGACGCAGGUACUCCGGUGGGUUCUAGGCAAUUUUUUGCCUAAACCAAUAUUUAUCCAUCCAUGUUUCUUCAGUACCUAGUGUACCAAGUGUUUUUAAAUGAUUUAACACUUCCACGCGUUCAAAAUUUCUUGCAUAUAUCCAAUGCAAUCGUGAGUGGAAAACAGAGUUGCAGCACACUGCAUGCAAGACGCAAUAUCAGUUUCCUUUAUUCUUCGCGCACAACAUUCAUCAUCGUCGUUGAUAAUGUUGAACCAGAUAAGUAACUUAAAUAUAUUGUGAGUGCAUUUUUGAAAUAGUUGGAAAAUCCAAACGUGCACGUUUCAUAA